CAUUGUAACAAAUUCAAUAAAGACUUUGAAAAUGGUCCACAUCAAAAAAAUCUUAAAAAAAAAAAGAAAGCCCAGAGGCUAACACUGCGUCUCCUUAGGUACCGGGUGAUGGGGUGUCUGACACGUCCAGGCUUCGGCUCCCAGUCAUGCCCCGACAUUCACUGCCUGUGCUGCUCCUUACACGGCCGUUCAAGGCCAGGCAGCGUCAUGCAGCUUCUCCCCUCCAGUGCAAGUCUCAUGGUCACGAAAAUACCAUGUGUACGUUUGCAUGCUUCACCUGGCAGAGGGGAACUCCCUCCCCACCAAGUAAAACGAUGGGACCGCAGAACUUUCCCAUUAGAAGGGACCCUGGAGACAGUGCAGUCCCAACCCCUCUUUUAUGUGACUUUUCCCCGGUCCUGUGGUCAUUAAGUGGCUGUGACUGGACCGUCCGUGCUGACAGUGGGCAGAUGGGACGGCGCAGCCCCUUCCUCCUACUGCAGGACAGGAUGAAGUGACGUCACACCUGUGCAGGGGCGGUGACCAUGGCAACGUGUACACACUCAGGUCCCUGGACCCCACCGGGUCUUUCUGCUGGGCUGGCCUCAGGGAGGAUUCUCGGGGGACCAGGGACUCCAGACCGAGCCUGCGGCUCCCGUGGGCCCGGAGCAGAGGUGGUCCCGGGUAUAAAGACCCAGGGUGGGGCUCUGAGCCCUGUAUCCGGGAGAGGAGGGAAGCGUGGGAACAGAGUGGGGCUGGGGCCUGGACCUCAACCGUGGCUUUGUGAGGGCUGCCUUGGAGUCGUAGUGGCCCCGCCAGGGAGAUUGCGCGAAGUCUUGAUGGUAGGGGUCCAGCCUUGGCAAGUGGCCUCCGUAUGUCGUUUCUCUCAUUGGGAGGUUGGCAGAGCCGGGGUCCCCUGGGCUCACUUCUCUUCCGUCCGUGGGCGCCAAGAGAGGAAGGGGCAGACACCAGUGCCUCGGAGACAGAGCCUGGGCGCAAGGCGGGGCAUCAGAAGCCUCUGGGCAUGCUUGUGGCCAGUGGCCGUGCUGAGAAAUCCGUUGGCUGUUCUCAAACCUCGUAAGGAAAACACACUGUGGAGUUUGUAAAAGAACUGGUGAUCCUGGCCCUUGAUGUUCCAGCUCAGCUUUGGUAGUCACCGUACAUAGUAACAGGCAUUUCAGGACACAAGUAACACGGAGCAAUAUUCAGACCAACCAGGCAAGACAGGGGAAACGGCAGAACAUUUAUCCUCAUCAUAAAAUACGUGCAUGGUGGUGCCACUCGAGGACCCGUGGUCUCUCAGUCUCCAUUUCUGACAGGAAGAUGCCCACGUGCUAACCAGGAUGUAGAUUUCCAUUUCUGGGCUGAUUGGCCAGGAGUUUAAAUGCAGCAGGGUUGAUAACAAGGAGGUGAUUGAUACAGAAUGGAAAAUGGUGCUCCUACGUAGGAAUGUUACCUGUGUACACAGUAGACCACUGCUGAAAGCAAACAAAAUGAGUGUAAUUCCCGUUAGCAGCCACUCCCGUUGACUAAGCCCUCGUACCACGUUGCACACCUUGUUUCUGGUCCUUCCAGUGAGUGUGAGGGUUUGGUGGCCUUGGUGCUCACACAUCCAGAUGAGAAGCGGGUGCGUGGUGCCCACUGUGCCCACCAGCACCUGCUCGUCCUCCAGGUCUCGGCAGGCGAGGGGUGGUGAAAGCCUCUGACCAGACGGAGUGGACGAGAGGCUGGAUGGUCGCUGCACCAGCCCCGUCACCGUCACAAAGAGGCAGGGUUAGGACCCCGCCAUGAUCUGCGUACGAGGCGUGCACACACCCAGGUGUGUUCAGAGCCGUCUGGCGAGUUGCCCACCACGUGUGCUCUGUGAUUCCAGGAGGAGUCCCGUUUCUUGUUGGUGCUGAGAAAGUGAGACGGCUGUUCCCGGCGCCAGCCCCGCAGGUGCUAGAAGGGACGGGCUCUUUCCUGUCCCUGGCAGGGGCAGCAGCUGCUUUGCUCUGUGUCCCUCGUGCUGUAACUUCAUUCCCACAGAUGAGGAGAGGCUAAUGUGUGAGCUAUUUCCGGAGGAAGACUUUUUUUGGAGUUCACGGAAGGACACGUUUGGGGUGGUCCACCAACCAUGUUACAGAAAUAACCCACAAGUCCAAUAACAUGAGGAACCACAAAUGGCCACAGAAUGUCCUGUUUUCAGUUUUCCUUUUGCUGGAGGAAAGUGGCAGAUGCACGACGGCCUCCUGAACAUCACCAAGGUGUCCUUCACGGACCGAGGUCGAUACACAUGUGUGGCGGCCAACGUCCACGGCACCGUGAACAACACGGUGACGCUGAGGGUGGUCUUCACGUCGGGGGACAUGGGCGUGUACUACAUGGUGGUGUGCCUGGUGGCCUUCACCGUGGUGCUGGCCCUCAACAUCACCCGCCUCUGCAUGAUGAGUAGCCACCUGAAGAAGACCGAGAAGGCCAUCAACGAGUUCUUCCGUACAGAGGGCGCCGAGAAGCUGCAGAAGGCCUUCGAGAUCGCCAAGCGCAUCCCCAUCAUCACGUCGGCCAAGACAUUGGAGCUGGCCAAGGUCACACAGUUCAAGACCAUGGAGUUCGCCCGCUACAUCGAGGAGCUGGCCCGCAGCGUGCCGCUGCCCCCGCUCAUCAUGAACUGCAGGACCAUCGUGGAGGAGCUCAUGGAGGUGGUAGGGCUGGAGGAGCAGGGCCAGAACUUCGUGCGCCACGUGCCUGAGGGCCAGGAGGCCACCAGCGGGGACGAGGUCUACACCAUCCCCGACGCCCUGCAGCGGAGCGAGUCCCCCACCGCUGACUCAGACGCCUCGUCGCUGCACGAGCAGCCCCAGCAGAUUGCCAUCGAGGUGUCCGUGCACCCCCAGGCCCGGAGGGAGCCCACGGAUGACCGGGACGGGGGGCCCCUCGAGGCCAGAGAUGAGGAGGACACCGAGCCCUCGGCCGAGCACUCCCCCGAGUCCGCGGCGCCUUCCACCGAGGUCACGUCCGCGGCGCUGACCUCCGAGGAGCCCACGCCUGUCGAGGUACCGGACCGUGUCCUGCCCCCAGGUCUCCUGGAAGCCACAGAGCCGGCCGGGGCGUGCGACAGCAACGCCCGCGUCGUCUAUGAAAGCCAUGUCUAACAACGCCCCCCCGAGAAGCUAUGCACACCCCGAGAAUCAGGGCCCCCCCCCCCACCCCCAGGGCCAGAUGCAGUCCGCCCUCGCCGCUAAGCCUUACCGGAGACGCCUGUCCCGUAGGUAGGAGCCAGGCCCCUUCAGAAGGGAGCGCCUGCGUGCAUGCUGUGUGCCCGGACCGCGCCCCACGACGGAGGAUGCAAGCAGCGGCAGGGUGCAGAGCCGGCGACCUUGGGCAGGUGUCUGUGCGCGCGGCAUGAAUCUCAGAGGCUCUUCUCUGCCAGAUACCUUAAUCACUGAUGCCCUUUUGGUGUGAGAGACUCUGAGGUCAAGAGCCCUGUCCAAUGCACACUGCAGCGCUUUUCCUUUAAAAAGUUAUAGGUCUGCUACGAGAGCAACUGCACGUCCGUGGGUCUGUUGCACUUUCUUCUCAGUUUUAACCCCCCUUCUCCGUUCCCCUAUAACCGAGUCGUUGUUAUACGGUUGCUAAUCAUUCCUUCUGGUUUCGUCCCCUUUGCCACUUUGUCCUUAUUUCUCUCCCCCCACCCCCUCGAACCCCCCGCCAAGCUUUUACCUCAGAGGCUUUGGUGUCAGGGCUGAUACCCACGAGUCAUCUGUGAUGUUCCAAAGCAGUUACCAGCCUCGUGAUUUUUGUCAUUUCCCAGGCCUGUCUCCAUCCAUUGCUUUGUUUGUUUGUUUCCAAUGAAGCUACUGUUGUGAAACUGAGAAAGAAAAAAAAAAAAACCUUGCCCAGGAUAGCACUUUAAUAGCCAAAUAAAAAUGUGUUGCCUGUCCGAUUCUGAGAGCCUUUAGGUGAGCUCAGCUGAGGUGGCAGGGAGACUGUAAACUUGAAUUUACCCAAACUGUCCAUGAAAGAUGCUGUUUUUACGUGUAAGUAACGUCAUCCUCCAAACACGGCUGCUGCUUGAUCUGGAACGCAUGGUGCGUCCAGAGACAGAGGCAUCUGAGGAAUCCAUGUAGGUGUAGAAUGUGGGCCGCCAGGGGCCGUCCGGUGACCCAAACACUUGGUUUGGGGCAGCAAGUGUGAGGGUCCGUGGGAUCGCCUAGCCAGGCCCACUUCCCUGAACUGCAGGGCUAUCUUGUCCGUCCUUGAAGGGGAGAGUGAAAGGUUCGGGUGAUGGCCUCCAAUUUCACGCCAGAAUUCUUGAAUUAAUUGUGUCCCACAAGAAAGCAGUUGUACGUGCGGCAGAAUGAUGUUAUAGAAACGACAAAACCAGUCACCCAAAGGCUAGCGUCUCGUCUGAUGGUGCCAGUAAGCACCGCAGGCUUUGGGCAGGUGGGGCCUCCGUUCCUUCCCUGGCAGAGGGACAGACCAGACGGGCUCGAGCUCCAUCUAGAUGGUCCCCUCUCCCGCAGAAUCACCUGGCCCUCCUCUCCAAUUACUCGAAAGAUUUUUCACUUUCCUCUCUGGUUCCUCUAAUCUUCUUUAUGGUGAAAGUUAGUAUUGAUGCAAAUCAAGAGGUUCGGUUUCAAAAACUCAAAACCAAAAUCAUUAGGGCAGCGUCUGCAGUUUAGAUGUCGACGUGGAAGAAUGAGAGGUAUUAGUUCCUUUCCAUUUAUGAGCAGGGGAGCCAUAACCUUGAAGUCGUCUUGAGGGUCGCAGCCACAUCAUGGUUUCCAUGGAGGUUCGCUGGGCCACACGGAUCGUGAGAGCAGACCUGAUGUUUAGUCCUCACUCUCGCUAUCUGGAUAAGUGACCUUCGACACCCCCCUGGGUUUAAUCUUUCUCAUCUGACAAACACGGAGGUGGGACUUGAUGGGUCCCCAGAUCCCAUCCGGCUCAGACAUUUUAGAGUUUUAUGGAAAGUUUGUGAUGGCCCCCCUUGCAGGAAACAAGCAGUCUUGGGAGCAAACAUGGGCACGUGAGGUUACUCUUGCCGCCAACCUUCACAGCAAAAGCAUCUGAAUCUGUAGCUGAGGGCAGAGGGUUUGGCUUCAGGGGUUUCUCUAUGUAUAGAUAACUGGUGUGACAGGUGGUCUGACAAGACUCAGUUGGAUCAGAGUCCUCUUGGCCUCAGAUGACCCAUUACCAUCAGGUAGGAGAGUCUUGGGUGGUCACAUAAAAAGUGAGUCGUGAACGGUCCAGAGAAACCUUGACCUCCCACUUGCACUCUCUGGACGAGGGUUUUCUGUAUUGGGGUUGCAGAAGAGUUUUAUCUCCACCUCUUAGAAUUUUCCACUUGUCAUGGAGGUCAGCAGAUUCUUACCAUGGAUCUGUACGCCCAAAGCAACAGCAGGGACCCACACUCAUUUUGUGACAUUGCGUGAACUUUUUCCCAUUCUGUCCAGGUCUCCCUCCACCGAAACCCAUGUGCACAUUUCCACGUGGAAAUUACAGGAAAAGGCAUCUAUCUCUCCCAUCUAGGCACUGAUGAGGGAUAGAAAGUUAAAAACGGGCAGAUUUUUUAUGGAGCAGGAGCAGAAACGUGUGACCAAAGAAUGUUUUCAGGUUGGUUUUAGCUUCUUUAGACUGGCGAGAUUAUAUAGAUUUUUCAAAACCUUUCCCCUCUUUAAGGCAUCAGAAAGCUCUUGAUAGAAUAACAGCCAACCAAAGAGGAGGCUGGCUUACGACGAAGAUUUCUCUGUCCAGAAAGGCUACACUCUUCCUGUUCGUCCUGUAGCUUCUUUACAGAAUAGGAAAGCUCUCCUGCUAGAAUAUGGAACAGAGGUGAUCUCGUGACUUUGGGCUGAUUUUUCAAAGAUAAACCGUUGAGCUUCAUAGAAAUCCAUAAAAGUAUGGCUGCUUGUGAGCGUGUGUGUGUGUGUGUGUGUGUGUGUGUAUAUGCACACAUGCAUACGUCAGACUCAUUUGGGCAGUUUUAACAGCUUAGCACUAAAUCCCAAGCCAUGUCCUUUGGGUCUUAGGUCAUUAUUCUCAAAAGUAAGCAGUUUCUGGUUUCUGAGUCAUCUGGUCAUAUCUCUAGCGAUUUUUUUUUCUUGAAGUUCUGAAAAUGAUUCAGAUAUGUGUGCAUAUUUAAUUCACUUAGAUGAUCUGUAAACUUGGAUGGUAUUUAUUCUAAAUGGGAAAAAAUUUUAUACUGCAAAUCUAUGUAAUUUAUAAUGGUUUUGUUUUAUAUAUUAUAUUUUCAUAUUUUUAGGGCACAUCUAUUCUCAUCUUUUUGUAUAUCAUGCUUGACAAAAAGAACUAGUAAUACUUGACUAAAUCUCUAGGAACCAAAUGUGACAUCUAUAAUGUAUAGAAAUCGCUCGGAAAGUAACUGAAUGUCCUUACCCAUCCUGAGCACUAUUGUGCUGUGUCAUUACUCCCGGAAUGAUGGCUGGUGAGCGUUUCUUUUUUCAAAACCAAGCCAAAAGGCCUGGCCUCCCACACAGUGGAGUCUGGAAUCCUUCCCUUCUUUAUCUUUUUCGUUGUGUGUUUCAUUUUUAAUUGUAGACAUCCCGUGUUGUUCAGACUUCCUUUGAAGGGCAAAUGUGAGAUAAGAAAGCAACUUGAUUGAAAGACUUGGCUGGAAGGAUGGCUGUGUAACUUAUUCACUGGGCUGGUAACAUUUCUCAUCUAAUGGUUGGAUUGUUCUUUAUUGGUGAUCUCAGAGCUGUUCAGCUGUUUAGCUCGUGAAGAAAAUGUUAGGCAGACAGAAUGUUUGCAAGAUUUGGACAGACAGCCUCUAAAUGUAGUGCAGCCAACACAGACCAGCUGAGCCUUAGAAACCCCGGUCCCAGCCAGUGGACGAGCCGUUUCAGAAGGCGAAUCAGACUCCUGUGUGUGCAGGUUGAAUUUCAGUGUUGUACCAGUGCUAAAACUCUUCAAGGGCAGCCCCUGUGGUUCUGUGAACAGGGGUUUCCUCCCAGUGUUUCACUGGGUAAGAAAACGGAGCAUUUCCUUUAUCUUUCAGAUACUCUAAUUUAUACUCAGCGCAGUUCAGCGACUACUUCCCUGUACCUGUCUUCACGUACCCUUUUGGCAGUCCUUUUAGAUCAUAAUCCUGGUUUCUGUUCUUGCUUUUUAAGCUAAUUCAUUGGUACUCUUUACAUAGCCAGCAGAUCUCAUUGUAUAUUCACACACGUGUUUUGAGCACCUGUUACCUUCACGGUGUUAGUCAUUUUUACAUUCACCUAUUGAUUUAAAAAUCUUUUAGUAGAUAACAGAGUUCAUCUUCCUAAUGACCCUUAGGGUUAAACCAGUGAUUAACAAGGUUUGAAUUAAACAAAUCAGUGGUGGGGAAAAAAUAGAAAAAAACAAUUGCUUCUUAUGCUUUCUGAAGGACUGAGUGUCUGUUAGACAAGAAAAUGUUGUAUGAGGGUGAUAAUGAUCUUUCACUGAGAUAUUUUAGAAAUGUCAUUUUUAAGGGGACUAAUGCUUAGAAUACCACAGUCGAAACUGAAGCUCAUAGAGAAUGUAAAAACAGAAAGCAAAUAGUUCUAAGAAUAUUCUGGCAUAAAUUAUUUUUAUUUAACGAGGAAUUGAAACCUUCAUCGUAUCUCUCAGACACCCCAGCACCGCUCACAGAAGGUGCUGGCGCUUAACGUUUGAUGUGCUAUUCCUCUGGUUCUGGAAUUUCUUUGUUAAAGCCAGGAAAUAAGAUGGAAAAAUGUAUCUGCGCGGAAAUGUCAAACUGUUGAUUUGUGAGCUAUAAAUGUUCACCUUUUAAGAAUAAUUUAAAGGUAUAAACAAAUGACUAAUAUUUAAAUUGAUAUAGCAGCAAAAAAGCAAAAAAACAUGUGAGCCAUCCUGUAUUUUGGUUGUUGCUUUAAUAAAGGAUUUGCACAGGUGUGCUGAGCGUG